GUAUUUUACUACACCGCUCAAACUGUGCCCACAAUACUGAAUAUUUGAAUAAACGCCACUAACUUCAUAUCUGGAACUGUAGCAGCUGUUUAACAAACGUCAAACAAAAUUUCUUAAAUAAAAUAUUAAAGAAAUACGGUUGUAAAUAAAGUUUGUAUAAGAAUGGCUGCAUCAAGCAGGGAAGCGGUUAAAAGAGCUGUACAACAAGUACGUCCCAUUUUAUCAAUAAAUCGUGACGAGGCUCGAAAGCGUGCCUUAAAUUUGUACAAAGCCUGGUACCGACAAAUUCCGUAUAUUGUUAUGGACUAUGACAUACCAAAGUCAGUUCCCCAAUGCCGUGAAAAACUGCGAGAAGAAUUCGAAAAGCAUCGCAACGUUACUGAUAUACGCGUUAUUGAUAUGCUAGUUAUCAAGGUGAGCCCAUUUGUUAAUAAAUCAUAAUUAUAUAUAUAUUUC